CCGGAUGGAAAACGAAAGAAGAAUGUGUACUGUGACAUGACAACAGAGGGUGGAGGAUGGACGGUCAUUCAAAAAAGACAGGACGGGAGUACAAAUUUCUAUAGAACCUGGAACGAAUAUAAAGCUGGCUUUGGGGAUCCUAGCAAAAACUAUUGGAUAGGAAACGAUGCUUUACAUUUACUCACAAAGAAUAGAAAACAUGAACUUCGUUUGGAUCUUCAGAGAUUUAAUGGACAGAAAGGGUACGCCAAGUACUCCAGUUUUGCUGUUGGUGACGAAGGAAGUAAAUACAAACUCAGUGUGUCUGGGCACAGUGGGAUAG